GGAGGUCGGAUCCGAGGCGCUACCUCAACCGGUAGUGCCGGAGGCUCCGGCCGAGCCCGCCCCAGCGACCGGGGCGGGAACUGAUGCCUCGGCGGAGGCGUCGCAGGCUGAGACCGCCGCGGUAUCUCCUGCGCCGUCGGCAGGCGAGGCCGGGGUCGAACCGGCGGACCCUGGUGCCGCGGGAGGCCCCUUAGGAGCUCCGAGCUCCCAGAAGAAGUCUGCUCCCCGAGCGAGGUAUGCAUGAGGUUUCUGACUCCUCAGCUGAUUUUUUGUUUUUCUCUUUCUUCUAACUUGAUGUUGUUCCCCCAGCCGUAAGCAGAAGGCGCCCUCAGUGGCGCUGGCCCCCCUGAAGGCCGUAAAGAGGGGGGCUCAGUCGACUCCCGAGUCGGCUAGGCCCGUGUCUCCGCCGCCUCCAGGCUACGAGGAGGCAGGACGCCACCCGGGGCAAGACACGGGGCCGCCGAAACCCCAGGGACCGGAGGACGCUGACCUCGGAGGCGCGGCCCGUCCUGCGUGCGCUGAGGAGGGGCAAGCCAUCGUGGUGUCCAGCGCGGCGCCCAAGGCCCCCGCUGCGGGGAGGGAGGAGGAAACCGGAUGGGGCAAGAGCCCCGUAAUGUGGCCCAACCUCGGCGAUGUUGAGGGGGGAGCCAGAUUUGUCCUGGACGACCCAUUAGAGAAUUACCUCUGGCAGGGUCUGGAUGCGUGUGGGCGCGCCGGUGUCGAGGCCCUCAACCGAGCUACCCAGCUCGUGGGUCGCGACAUGUUUAAUUUGGCUCAGGCGCUCAAGGCCACCUCCCAAGAGAAAUCAGUAUUUCUCCGUCGGGAGAAGGAUGCUUGGGCGUCCUUUGAGAAGGAGAGGGCUGCCAGAGAGGCGGCCGAGGGGGAGCUCGCGAAGGAGUGCGAGAUUUCUGCCGAUCUUCGGCAGAAGUGCUCAGCACUGGCCACCGAGGCUCGGGAGGCCCGAGACAAGGUCGCCCCCCUAGAGGAGAGGAUCGGGGUCCUCACGCAAGAGUCCGAGGCGCAGAAGGCGGCGGCUGAGGGGUACAAGAGUGAGGUCGCUCGGCUUGAAGCUUUGCUCGCCGAAAAAGACCUCGCCUUGAACCAAGCUCAGACCGACCUGGCCGGGGCUCUGAGCCAGGUGUCCCGCUGGCAUCAUAGCUCGGCCGAGUACGAGAAGCGCGCCAAGGAAUUGGAGGUGAAGGUGGUCGAGGCGACCUCUACUGCCGAGGCCCUAGAAAAGUCCCUCGACGCUGAGGCUUCGGACCGCUCGGCUCUUGAAGCCGUGGUCACCUCGGCGUGUGAGGGGCUCGGGGUAUCGGUGUCGGGGUCGUCGCUGCGCAGUCGGGUCGAGGCCCUUUACUCCCGGGCUGGGGAGAGGAUGAGGGAGGCGCUCCACACCGGGGUGAAAAAGGCCCUGGCGGUGGUGAGCUCUCACUAUGCCGGCAUUGAUUUGCCGGCGGUUUGUGAGGGCUAUGUCCUCCCUGACGACGAAACAGAAGCCCAGGAGGAGGUGCAGAGGCUCGAUGAUGCCGCGGCUGUCCCUGGAGACGCCUUGGCCGCCUUUUUUGACGAUGAGGCGGAGCUUCCCCCCCUCGGGGCUCAAGGACCUGAGUAGAUAGGGCAAUAGGAUUCUUAGUUUUUCUUUUCUUUUUGUGGGUGUUGAGGCCGGUGGGCCUUGUAGCAUAUAUAUAUAAUGUUAAUGUUGAAUGUAAAUAUAACUGCUC